CCCUGACACUCAAAGCACAGUCCAUUGUACGACGCUUCAGCAAAAGCAGCGAUUGUUUAGAUUUAAUCUGUGAAAGUCCACAUUUGUUUGACAAAAGUUGCUUUGUCGAGUUUCGCCUCAAACCCGGAGCCGUUCGGCGUCGCUGCCAUAUGCAAAAAAGCUGUUCAUCAACAAGGGAUUCUUGGUAGUCUGGCGCAUCCACCUUGCGUGUAGGCUAGCUCGCUAGCGCUCGGAGUUAGCACACGUUAGCUAGCCUUCAAAUCUAAUGGGCACCAGCAGAAUCAUGUUUUUAACAUCGGCUCCGUUCGGAAGAAGUCGAGAUUAAACACCAAGAGGUUUACAAAUAUUCAAAGGAGCAGUCUUUUUUAAUCGAGUCAACUGAUUGUUUUUACUAUUUGGGCGAGCCCUCGCGGAGUUUCUCCCAAGGAUGAAUGGCUUCAGCACCGAGGAGGACAGCCAUGACGGCCCGCCCGCUCCUCCGUUCUACGGGCAGAGCUGCUGCCUGAUCGAGGACGGCGAACGCUGCGGCCGGUCAGCUGGAAACGCCUCCUUCAGUAAGCGUAUCCAGAAGAGCAUUUCCCAGAAGAAGCUCAAGCUAGACAUCGAUAAGAGCGUGCGUCACUUGUACAUCUGCGACUUCCACAAGAACUUCAUCCAGAGUGUGCGCAAUAAAAGGAAGCGGAAGACGAGUGAUGAUGGAGGGGAGUCCCCAGAUCAUGACGUGGAGGUGCCAGAGGUGGACCUGUUCCAACUGCAGGUGAACACGUUGCGGCGCUACAAGCGACACUACAAGCUGCAGACCAGGCCCGGCCUCAACAAGGCCCAGCUGGCUGAGACGGUGAGUCGCCACUUCAGGAAUAUCCAGGUGAACGAGAAGGAAACGCUGGCCUACUUUAUUUACAUGGUGAAGAGCAGCAAGAGCCGCUUGGACCAGAAAGGGGACAGCAGCAAACCGCUGGACUAAAAACCAACCAACAACAAAAAAUUGCAAAAGUUUGCAACCUCCCACAGCCACCAUCAGCCACCAUCUCCAAGCAAACCAAAGCUCUUUGGUAUCCUUGGAGGACUUUCACCAGAUAGUCACAAAUGAUCCAUGGACAUCCUUGUCUUUGCGACUGAGCACCAGGACUCUUUGUCGCAGUCGCCACAAGGACUUGAUCACACUGUACGAUAGAAGCGCUGCCUUAAGAGUUAACUCAUUUAGGGUUCUCAACCUUGAUGUCCCUGUUGCUGUCCACAGAAAAGUGUGGAAGACCUCCCUGAAAGAAUGCCUGGAGGAUCAGAUCAAUGUCUUACCUAGUACAUGUAGCACCCAAGGACCAGAUACCAGAUACGCUAAAAAUGGCCGUAAUGCAGAUUUGAGUCGACGAGAACAAUACGAGUCACAUUCUGGGGAAAGUUUUCUACAUCAAAGAACUAUCCCUUGAAACAAUGCCACGGUGUUAAGUAAAUCCAACCAAAACCUGUAAUGAACAUUUGUCAGCAGGUGGCGCCACAAGCUACAUAUUUGCCAUCUUCAGGCGUCCUUUUUUUGUAUGUUGACGAGCAUCCUAGUUUUACACAGACACAAACGGACCGACUCUUAAAGGUUGGGACCUGCUUUCCUUUUAUUUCUCAUUUAAUAACCCCCCCCCCCCUUUUCUUUUGCUUUAGUUUAACAAGUUUAAAAAACGAGCGAUUAGCGGGCCCCUGUUUAUCUUGACAUCCAACCUGUAAGUAUUUAAAAUUUCAAUGCAGCUACACGUUAAAAGUUGUGUGUUUUGAUGGUGGUGACUGCAUGGUAUGUACACACUUUAUAUAAGGGUUGCAUUUGGCAUUUCUCAUAUUGUGCAUAGUUUAUAUUUAAAUUCACCCUUUACCCCCUGCUGAUUUUUUUUUUUUUUUGUCCUCUGCCCCAUAUGUUCAGUUAUGACUUGUAGGUUUCUUAGUGUCGCAUAGAUAACACCCAUCUUUUAUUCACAUGUAGGUCUUAACGGUUGUAUUAGAAAUUACAUAUAUUUAAAUAUGGCUGCUUAUUGCUCCUAAUAUUAAUAAUAAUAAAUGUACAGGCUAAAGAUGUUGUCUCUGUCCUCUUUAAAUGAACUU